UCUGAGCGGGGUCCGCCACAUGCAGCACAGCAUAGCGGAGAGCUUCACGGACGCCAACGGGGAGACGAGGCUGUACGUCGGGCGAGACAGCGUGUUCCCGGCGCCCUCUGGCUGGCCCGUUCCUCACGACGCCCCCUAUAAACACGUGUUGGAUCGCAACAUCAUGGCUAUAAUUGAGGCCGGUCUUUACGAGAAGUGGGCCGAAAUCAUGCUCGACGACGCCCGCCAGGAGAGCAAGGAGAGACAGCAGCGUGACCAACAGCAGAAUCAGGGGGAAGAAACAGCUGUAGCGGAGACCAACAGCGGCGAGAAACCCCUCACUAUCGUCCACCUCCAGGGCCCUCUCAUACUCCUCCUCCUCGGCCUCAUUUUCAGCGCCUUCACGUUCACUUUGGAGGUUGUUGUUGUGUCUUGGUUUUCCUCGAGGCCGGGCUGAAGAGGUCGCAUUUGGUGCACGGAUGGUUCGUGGUGUCGAAAGGGGUUGUGGGUUGUUGGCGGUAGAACUGACGGUUGAUGUUCGUAUGAUUGUAUUUAUUAAUUUCACUAUUUUUUCUCCGAAUUUCUGUGAUUUUUCUUUAUAUUCACACUAUGUACUCAUUGAUGACAUAUA